AUCUGCUGGAAGAGAUGGACAAGUCUAAUAAAGCGACUGUGCAGAAGUAUGAAGAGCAGCUCAAUGGGCUUCAGUCUGAGCUUGACAAACUGAAGAGCAGCUACGAAAAACUGCAGCGGCACCAUAUAAGACAUGCGAGAGAGAGCAGCAAGGAAACAGAGGAGGAUUCUCUCUUUGAAACUAGCAAGCUGAACGGAAAGCUUGAGAAAUUCAGGGCUAAAGCAAAAGAAUGGGAAAAGCAGAGAGCCGUAUAUCAGACCGAGCUGACCUCACUGGAGUCCCAUCGAAGAAUCCUGGCAGACAAAUGUGAACUUUUUCAGCAAACUUGUCUGAACUACCAGAGCCAGCUGUCCAAUCGGGUGGAGCUACAGGAAGAGGCAGAGCAGCAGCGGCAGUGUGAGGUCAGGGAGCUGAGGAGCGAGUUGGAGACGGCUCAGAAAACCUUGUUGAGCAAUGAGGUCACAAUCGACCAACUGAGAAACGAUGUGCAGGAGCUGACCUCCAGGAGGAGAGAGCAAGCCGAGGAGACACAGCGCCUCCUGCAGGACCUGCGGCAGUCACACACACAGCGCCAGAAAGUGGAGGAGGAGCUCUCAGAGCUGAGGCAGGAGCUACACACGCGAGACGACCUCCAGAAGGCUGCCGACCUGGAGGAGAAGAAGCUGAGGAGGGAGGGGGCAAAACUCAGGGAACGGCUCACCAAGCAGAUGAGCGCCAUCAGGUAAGCCAGCUGACCCAACACAGGGAGGUUAAGGCGGAUUUUAAGAUCAUUUGAAUGGUUUGCUACAGAUAUUACCGCACAUCUUUUAAUGCA